AUGUCUCUCCGUCCCGCCAUCGCCUCGGUGGCCUCUGCCUCGCGCAUGGCUCGCGCGCAGGCUGUCCGUGCCGCUUCGUCGGCCGCUGCCUCGUCGUCGCAGGCCUCGACCUCGACUCUGCCCGAGAUUCACCUUGGCCAGACCCACCCUUCGCGCUACCACGACCACUACGACGCCACCGUCGCCUCCGACCUCCUGUACAUGACCUACAACCACCGUGCGACCGCUACCGCCGAGGCGCAGCUCGCCGCCGCUUCCACUGAGGCCGCUGCCAUCUCCAAGCCUGUCACUGGCUACGAGGCCAACCGUCCCAAGCCUGCCCCGAGGGGUAACCGUCCUAUCCAGCCCUUGACCAAGGGCAUCACGGCAGAGUCGGUGCCCAAGCUCGAGAGCAUUACUAUCCACACCAUGGUCAAGGAGGCUAUUGGCAACAAGCACGCGCUCCUGUCGGCGAUCAUGGCUCUGCGCAACAUUUCGGGCGAGGCGGCAAACGGCGGUGGCAGGAACGGUUCGACGGGUGUCCAGGUCGUCAUCUCGCGCCAGGGUGCCGCCGCGUUCAAGCUCCGUGCUGGCAUGCCCGUCUCGGCCAAGGUCGAGCUCCGCGGCGAGGCCAUGUACGACUUUAUCCAGUCGCUCGUCGACUUUGUCCUGCCCCGUAUCCGCGAGUUCCCGGGCUUCACCCUCCCCGUCCAGUCGGCCUCCAAGUCGAACCCCUCCGCCCUCGCCGGUGUCGUCUCGAUGGGUCUCCCCGCCGCCGCCAUGGGCCUCUUUCCCCAGGUCGAGGGCAACAUUGACGCCUACCCCCGUCUCCACGGCUUCCACAUGCACUUCAAGACCAACGCAAAGGGCAAGGACGCCCAGGAGCACGCACGCGCGCUCCUCUCCGGCUUCCGGAUACCAUUCCACAAGAAGUAG